UUUCACGAUCCGGAUGGCUUUGGGUUUCGUAAGAAAGCCAGGAUGUACAUCAACGACCUGUGGAAUAUUUUAGACGUUCUUUCCAUCCUCUUCUUUAUUAUCGGACUCGCAUUUAGGCUGACGACUGAGCUGUUCUAUGCGGGUAAAAUCCUCCUCUGCAUCGACUUUGUGGUCUUCUGCCUCCGGCUAAUGGCCAUCUUCACUAUCAGUAGAACACUUGGACCCAAAAUCAUCAUCGUCAGGAGGAUGAUGACCGAUUUGUUCUUCUUCAUGUUCCUGCUGAGUAUCUGGGUGGUGGCGUACGGAGUGGCCAAACAAGGCAUCCUCAUCCACAACGACAACCGGCUGGACUGGAUUGUCCGCGGGGCCGUUUAUGAGCCGUACCUCAUCAUAUUUGGGAAUUUCCCCACAAAUAUUGAUUGUGAGUGGAAACAGAACAGACAGUAUUAUGAUUUUCCUUUUAUACGUACGUGGAAAAGCAUGACUUAA